GCUCGCCUUUGAUUGGCUGACAGACUCAACGACCUUUCCGAAACAGAACAGGCCGAAAAAUGAAUUCUUUUUUACCAGCUGUGGCCGAACAACUUUUCAGAGAUAUCCAAAAAACAUACCAGGAAACGUCUCAGAUUCCUGAUGACCUGCUUGUUGCGCUGAAGUUUGUCUUUGGGUCAUGUGCGCUGCAGGCUUUGGACCUGGUUGACCAGCGCUCAGUCACCUGUGUGUCAUCUCCCAGUGGACGCAAAGCAUUCCAGGUAAUGGGAGGCUCAGGGCGUUUGUACACCUGCUUCGUGUCGUGUCACUACUGCCCGUGCCCAGCUUUUGCCUACACUGUGCUCCGCAGGAAUGAAGGCCCACUGUGCAAACACAUCCUGGCUGUGUACCUGUGUCAGGCCAUGGGUGUGACUCAGCAGGAGAGCGUGUCUGAUCAGCAGAUGUCGAUGCUGCUCAGCGGGACUGAAGUCUUGUGACGUGCAGCAGGUGGAACGCACAGCCUCGUGGAACCUUUUUGGAUGAGAGUGGAUGUUUUUAAACGGACACUUAAGGUCACUGCAGAGAAGACGAGAACACAACAAUGUCAUUGGCUCUUUAGACUUCCCUAUGAAAGACACCAGAUGUUGCUCUAUCUAUUUUUGCUUUGGAAGAGUCCUUAAUCUGUUUCCAGGGCAGCAGCAUCUGUUCCUUGAGCAUGUGCGGCUUUAUAUUCAGAGUCUUUUCAUCUUAAGCUGCAUCAAUUUGAGAAGUAGUGAGAGUUUGCACGUCAAAGACCUUUUCCAACAAUUUUUCCACUGUGUAUAUUUGUAAAUAUCAAUUAUGUGUCAUUUAAGAAGUUCUAUCAAUAAAGACAUGUGUAACAAUAUAAA